AUGUGUAUUUGUUUUCUUAAAUCAAAUCUUAGGUGGACAUGCAUUUUGCAAAUGUCAGGCUCUAAUCAGAUGGCUUCGGAUGGUAAAUUUGGAAAAGGUCCUCGGGAGCUCACUGGGGCUGUUGAUUUAAUUAGCCGCUACAGGCUGCUGAACCAUCACAGUUUCUUUUGUAAGAAACCAUUGCCACUGGCUAUCUCAGAUACACAUUAUCUUCAGAAUGUUGUGGGUGAUACUGAAAUCCGUAAAGGAGAAGGGAUGGAGAUAGAUCAACUCAUUCAGAAUCCAGAUCUGAGGGAGAAGAAGACUGCUUAUAUUCAGCCUUUUGACAUGGAAACACUAGGACACGCAUUUCAGUUGCGAGAAACAGCGCCAGUAGAUCUGCCUUCGGCUGAAAAAGGCACUCCAACUAUAUCGGGAAAAUCAAAGGUUAAGUCCAGGGACAAAGUGAAGAAGCAUAAAAAGCACAAGGAGAAAGACAAGGACAAGGAACACAAGAAGCACAAACAUCGCCAUAAGGAUCGGAGUAAAGAUAAAGACAAAGACAAAGAGAAAGAGAAAGAGAAAGAAAAAGAGAAGGAGAAGGAGAAAGACAAAGACAAAGACAAAGAAAAGAAAAAAGAGAAGAGCGUGCAUCAUGAUUUGGGAGGUGAUAAUUCCAAAAAACAUCAUGAGAAGAAGAGGAAACAUGAUGGAAUGGAAAAUUUGGCGGCUGUACGUAACCACAAAAAAACACAAAAGCGCAAAAUUCAAUGA